CCUCUUAUAUAUAUCCUUGUGGUCAUCUCUCUCUCUCUCGCUCUGUGGACAAAACAAACUAGGAGAAUAAAGUCCUCAAAAAAACAUGGGCACUUUGGUGGGACAUGUAGCACCUGGCUUUGGCUUCUUUGUCUUUGGUUUAUGGCACCUCCUUAACCAUAUCAAACUCCAUGCUCUCAACACAAACUACAAAUCCAUGCCAUGGUUUCCCACCUCAAAGUUAAGGUACUUAGAGCUCUCCUUGAUCAUGGCAGGCUGCUCCAUCUCUAUAGCUAUGGAACUCUUCAUCGGCCCCAAACGCCACCAGCCUUUUGACCCGGAUGGCACCAUUCCCUCCAACCAUCUUCACAACUUUGAACAUUCCUCAAUAUCCAUGACUUUCUUUGUUUAUGCAGCUUUUGCCAUCAUCCUUGACCGAACUUGCCCGAAAGCCCAAUAUGGUCUCACCCAAUUGCUUGGAGCCCUUGCCUUUGGCCAGCAACUCCUCAUCUUCCACCUCCACUCGGCUGACCACACAGGUGUUGAAGGCCAAUACCACUUGCUCCUCCAGAUUGCCAUAUUUGUCUCUCUCACCACCACUCUCAUGGGUAUUGGUUACCCUAACAGUUUCUUGAUCAGUUUUGUUAGGUCUCUUAGCAUACUAUUCCAAGGUAUUUGGCUAAUGGUCAUGGGCUUCAUGCUUUGGACCCCACAGUUCAUGCCAAAAGGUUGCUUCAUGAACUUGGAAGAAGGCCACAAAGUGGUCCGGUGCCAGAGUCAUGAGGCGCUCGAGCGUGCCAAAUCACUGGUAAACAUCCAAUUUAGCUGGUACUUGAUUCUGGUGACCAUUUGUGCCAUGUGCUUGUACUUGUUCUUCAUCAAAAUUCAUGGAGAGAAAGUCAAAUACCACUCGCUAUCAAAGUAUGAAGUACAAGAGGCGGAAGGUGAAGAUGUUGAGGCCCAGAAGAAAAGUAAACUGUGUGAGUCGAGGAGCUUUGUUCGCAUGGGAAAAGCCUUUGCUCCAAUGGACCUUGAAACGUAGAAGAAGAAGAAGAAGAAGAAGAAGAAGAAGAAGAAAGGAGGGGUAGAUGUGAAAGGUGGUUAGGUAUGUAAAAAUGAGAAAUAUUAGUAGGUUGGUGGAUUCUUAGUUCUCUCUCUCAUUUAUGUUAUUUUAUUGUUUAAGAGUUAAGCCCACAAUAUUAAUGUUGGCUUAGUGAGAAAGCAAAUGAGCCUAAUGGUUUUGGGUAAAAAAAUUGAGAGGGAAAAUAGGGGUGUGAUACUGUUUGGUUUUCAUAAUGCAUUGAUGGCUUUUAGCUUAAGCUUAGGGUUGAGUCCAUUGUGUUUGUUUGUAUAGGAAAAAAUGGAAAAAAGAAAAAGUAGGGAGGAAGUUAGUUAAGUUGUGGCUUGACGACGAAACCAUCAACUUACAAAGGUCUUUUAUCUGAGAAA